CUCAUUGUUUUAUAAAAGUAUUUAUUUCAUUAGUACUUUUUAAUAUUUAUUUUUCAAAGAUCAUGACAGGUUUUGAAAUAAUCCCAAAAGGAACUUUUAAACUUGAGUUGCUCGCAAUCGAACCGUGCUCCAACAGUACAGAAUUAAUUAAAGUUUGCCUGUUUUAUAGCAAAAAUCAGUCGACAAUAAACUCUACAAUGAUUCUUAAGAUCCCGUUUGAUAACACUCUAUCGUUUGUCAUGAGAAUGGCUGUUUUAAGAAACGGAAAAUUUCAAAACAACUAUUUCAGCGCUACGUUGCCCAGAGCGUGUGAUACGGUCAAACACAUACAAAUAAAGAAUUGGUCUAAACUGACUGAACGAUUGGGCGCUCCGUAUGAUUGUCCUUGGCCAGCUAAGAAUUACUCAGGAGUUGCUUAUGACCUAUCAGAUCUAGAAGAUUUUCAUUGGGCUACAGAAUUUUUCUACGGAACUUACAAAGUUCAUUUGGAGUACCAUGACAAACGAGAUAAUGUGGUCGGUUCAGUAAUCGCUUACAUAAUGAUCAAGAGAAGAAAUACUUAGAGUCGACAAUCGGAGAAUCCCUUAUUUUUUAAUAUAACACAAUUAUACGUGAAAUUUUGACUCGGCUUUUUAGAAACAUUUUGCGAGAAACCUUCACCACAUCGCUGUGCGAUUAUUUGCAUAAAUUA